UGGGUUGUGUUUUUGUGACGAGGCUUUCUUUUGUGACACAUUAUUGUGAAAUUAUUUAUUUUUACACAUAUUUUGCUAAUUUUUAAAUUAAAGAAAUAUUAUCAGAAUAGUGACCAGUUGCCAUGACGUCAAUGAUGAAAUGUCACUAUGAGGUCCUGGGAGUUCCAUGUGAUGCCUCAGCAGAUGACUUGAAGAAAUCAUACAGGAAAUUAGCACUCAAAUGGCAUCCUGACAAAAAUCCUGAAAACAUAGAUGAGUGCACUCAACAAUUUCGACUUGUCCAGCAGGCUUACGAAGUGUUGAGUGACACCCAGGAGCGAGCCUGGUAUGACAAACACAGGGAACAAAUACUUAGGGGAGGACUUGGACAGGGUGACAAAUAUGAAGACAACUGUCUCAAUGUCUUUAUAUACUUCAACUCCUCCUGCUACAAGGGCUUCGGAGAUGACAAGGAGGGUUUCUACAGCGUGUAUGAAGAGGUUUUUAAGACGCUGGCCGAGGAGGAUCGACAGUUUGUGGCGGAAGAAGACUUUAUUAUCUAUGAGUUUGGAAACUCACAGUCAUCUUUUGAGGAGGUGGUGAAGCCGUUUUAUGACCACUGGGAGAGUUACUGCACGGCCAAGUCAUACGUAUGGCAGGAUAAAUACGACACGCGGGAGGCUCCGGAACGAAGAGUGAGACGUCUGAUGGAGGCAGAGAACAAGAAACUGCGUGACGCAGCCAGACGGGAGAGGAAUGAAGAGAUCAGGGCAUUAGUGAAAUACGUGAAGAAACGAGACAAGAGAGUUCAAGAAUAUAAGAGAAAACUGGAGGAGCGUGCGGAGGAGAUUAAGCGCAAGGCCGCAGAACAGAGACAGCGCCACCUGGAGGAGGGUAGAAAGAAGAUGGAGAAUUACCAAGAGGCAGAAUGGUCAUCGGCAACAGGACUUGAGGAUCAUUAUCUGGAGCUAGAGGCAAAAUAUGCUCAACAGUUUGGGGACCACGCUAGUGGAGACGAAGAAUGUGAAGAAGAGGAAGUUUACAGUGACUUGUACUGUGUGGCUUGUGACCGCGCCUUCAAGAAUGAGAAAUCGUUUCAGAACCAUGAGAAGUCAAAAAAGCACAAGGAGUUGGUGGCGAUAAUAAAGGCGCACAUGGAGGAGGAAGAUGGGGUCCUAGAAGAGGGUGUGGUCGCAGGGGAGGAGGUUGAGGGGGCGGGGUCAGAAGAGGAGGAGGAGGAGCCAACCACUACGCAAAAGCUUUCUAAAAAGCAGAAAAAGAAACGAAAACAGCAAAGAAAUGCUGCAGCUCAGGCAGAUGAAAUUGAUGAGUUGACAGAAGAUGUUAAUGAUGUAAAUAUCGAUUUUGUGGAUUCUCGAAACACUGGGAAAUCAAAGAGGGACAAAAGACGAGACAGGAAGAACAGACAGGAUGAUGAUUCAGAUGAGGAACAGGAGGAAAACAUUCCAAAUGGAUUGAAUGAAAAUGAAUGUGUUGAAGCAUCUUGUGAAGUCAGUGACCAUGAAACAGAAGACACGACUGAUAAAAGGCUUCAGCCAGAGACUGGUGAAAAUACUGACAUUACUGGCAUUGAGGAUACGGGGGCUGGAAAUAGUGGUAAUGAAAAUAUAGACAGUGAAACUACGGAUGUGAAAUCUGGGGAUAUAGAGCAUAUACAGACUGAGAAGAAAAAGUCUAAAAAAGAGAAAAGUAAACCUGAUCCAAACCAGAAAUCAGGUCGAUGUGAAAUCUGUGGAUCAGAAUUUCCAUCUAGAUCAAAGCUGUUCGACCACAUCAAAGAAACGGGUCAUGCCAGGCUAAAAACUGCUCCAACUCCAUCAGAGAACAGUUUAAAGCAGGGGAAGAAGAAUAAGAAGAAACAAAAAGGGAAAUAACAACGACUUGCUUAUUUUUUAGUAGAUUGUAAGAGUUAUCUGUGUUUGUUUUGUUCAUGUGAGACCACAGUGAUGAUUGUACUGGUUGAAUAUUUAUAUCAUUUGAUAAAAGUUGAUCAGUUUUGACCGUGAAAGAAACAUUAAAUGAAGAAACAUU